AUGCCAUCUCUGGCUCCCUUUGGGGUGACAAUGAAUGGAAAUUGCUUGUCUGGAACAUCUUAUAAAUGGCAAAGGGUCUUGCUUAAAGUAAGCGGAGAAGCACUUGCUGGAGAUCACACACAGAAUAUUGACCCAAAGGUAACAAUGGAAAUUGCAAGUGAGGUUGCAUCGGUGACUCGUCUUGGCAUUGAGGUUGCAAUUGUGGUUGGUGGGGAAAUAUCUUCCAUGGAUCUUCCUGGGCUGGAAGCAGCGGUCUGGACCGAUCAUCUGCUGAUUACAUUGGUUGUGUUUUCACAUGUUUAUAAUUUGCAGUGUGAUUGGGUGAUUACUUAUCUGAAGCUUGUCCAUUUCAUGUAUUGUGGACUUGGGAUAAUUUGA